AUGCCGGAAAUUCGUGAUAAGAUACACGUCGAAAGCUUUGAGCUAUCCCCUCGGAACGAGGCCGUCAUGACGACCAUUGGCCGACUCCGACGUACGUUUCCGGGUCCAGGUCUGGCCUUUGAUCGGGCCACCUUUGAAGAGGCCGGCUUACAAGAUGCCCCUGGCCCAUACCCUUUCCAAAUGAGCCGCCAGUCUGUUGCAGAGACGAUGGUAAAGAUCAUGAAGGCUGAGGAGCUGCACGACGAGGAUCGCCAUACUACGGAUUCAAAAAUGGUUACGGAGUUUUUAAUGUCAGUCCUGCGGCCUGGAUCUGUCAACAUAAUAGCCCCGCAAAUCCACAGAUGUACCCGGGAAGAGGUAAUGUGGUUGGGUUCCCGAUCACCUUGGCGCAGAUCCGCGCUGUGGCUCUUUGCACGAGUUGUUCUCCAGAUCGCUUUUCGGCGAUUGCCCAACGGAGAAAGGGAAUUGAAAGAUGAUUUGUACAAACAAUUGAUCACAUUUACACGGGAAGAACAGACCAUUAACAUGAUGGAUCGCAGGAGGGUAAUGCCAUUGUUACCGGAGAGCUAUGACAUUUGGAAUCCUGGCCCCGAGCUCAAUUUCCAUGUUCAUAGGCCUCGAGAAACAGAAUUUGCAACUACAACCGAUUUGAAUCUCGCGACUGCCACCUGGGCAUGCGUGAACUUCCCACAACUAUCCCUGAAUCAACUUAAGUCCUGGGCAACAAUGACGAAGAAAGACCCCUCGAUACCAUUCGUUUCCACAGUUGACACCGUAUGCGCAUUCCUUUGGAAAUGUAUAUCCCGAGUUCGUCUCUCACGGCUUGACCCAAGCAUGAUCUCCACGAUAUCACGCGCGGUCGAUAUCAGGAAUCGAAUGGGUGUUCCCGGCUCCUAUCUGGGGGUGUUACAAAGUCUAACAUUUGCAAGAAGAUCUCUCCAACAAGUGGUCGACUAUCCUCUCGGAGUGAAAGCUUCAUACCUCCGCUCUCUGCUCGAUCCAGAUGUGGUGGAUUUGGUUUACCAAGCGCGUGCUUUAAACACGUUUGUCGCUCGUGCAGGGGAGAAAAAGAUUACCGCUUCAUUCACGGCGAAUGUGAACCCUACAGCUGAUCUUAUGACAAGCUCCUGGUCGAAGAUUGGUUAUUAUGACUAUGAUUUCAACCUUGGGCUGGGAGGCGGAGGCAGUUCGAAGGCCAGGCUUUUCCUCGUUUGA